AUGCUUAUCAUUCGCCCGAACGAUAAGCGAAGAUAUAGUUUUAUAACACUUCUUUAUUUUCCCUUUUUUUUCCGGGUUAUUUCUUUUCCUUUUCCUUUUCCCAUCUAUUUUUUUUUCUUUGUUUAUUUAAAAAAAAAUUCUUUUUAUUUUCUUCCUCUUCGUUUUUCUUCCUCUUUUACUUUAGCCUUUUCUUUCUUUCUUUCUUUUUUUCUUUCUUUCUUUAUGCUUUUUAUUUUUUGGGCUCUUUUUUUUCUUUUUUUCUUUUUCCCCUACCUUUUUUUUUCUUUGUUUCUUUCUCCCUCUUUAUCUUCUUUUUUUUCUUCCCUUCUCUCUCUUUCUUUCUUUCUUUUUCCUCUUUGUUUUGUUUGUUUGUUUCUUUCUUUUUUUUAUAUUAAUCCCCACCUCUUCCUCUUUCUUUCUUUCUUUCUUUCUUUCUUUCUUUCUUUCUUUCUUUCUUUCUUUCUUUCUUUCUUUCUUACUCGUUAUCUUUUCUUAGAACUUUUUUCUUUAAAAUGUUACAAUGAAGAGAAAAACAUCUAUCUAUCUAUCUAUCUAUCUAUCUAUCUAUCUAUCUAUCUAUCUAUCUAUCUAUCUAUCUCAGUUUCUUUCUACCUAUCUAUCUAUCUGUCUGUCUGUCUGUCUAUCUAUCUAUUAGAUGUUUUUCUUCACCAACCUAAUAUCUAUCUAUCUAUCUAUCUAUCUAUCUAUCUAUCUAUCCUUCACAACAUUCAUAUCUCUCUCUCUCUCUCUCUCUCUCUAUAUAUAUAUAUAUAUAUAUAUAUAUAUAUAUCAAUCAUAUUAAAUACUUUUUUCACAUAUAAUGUUAUCAGAUGCUUUCUUUUAUCAUAUUCUUUCAUAUUUGGAAGGCUGGUGCUAUACAGUCUUUCUACUCCUAAUUGGUUUUGUCUUUAA